GUCAUGUGACUUUUUCCGCUUCGCCAUUUUCUUUUUCUACACUAGAGCCUUUGCUGCUUGUGGCGCCACUUUGCUGUGUUUUAACCUUUCCAGAGGUGACGGUGGGACAGGAAACCCCCUCCUUCACUCAAAAGAAGAGGACAGUCUACGGUGUAGCUCUAACGCCCCAAGAGAAGUGUGAGGAUGUCUUCUGAGGAGAGCCCCGAGUACUCGCCUUUCUUCGCUGUGAUGGGAGCCUCUGCGGCCAUGGUCUUCAGCGCAUUAGGAGCAGCGUAUGGGACGGCGAAGAGCGGCACAGGCAUCGCCGCCAUGUCUGUGAUGCGACCAGAGCUCAUCAUGAAGUCCAUCAUCCCUGUCGUCAUGGCUGGUAUCAUCGCCAUCUACGGGCUGGUGGUAGCUGUGCUGAUAGCAAACAACAUCUCUGAGAGAGUCACUCUGUACAAGAGUUUCCUACACCUCGGCGCCGGUCUGAGCGUGGGCCUGAGCGGUCUGGCAGCCGGGUUUGCCAUCGGCAUCGUGGGCGACGCCGGAGUGCGAGGCACUGCACAGCAGCCUCGGCUCUUUGUGGGCAUGAUUCUGAUCCUGAUCUUCGCCGAGGUGCUGGGUCUUUACGGCUUGAUCGUGGCCCUCAUCCUAUCUACAAAAUAAGUGUCUCCAUCCAGCACCAUCUCAUUCAUUCCACAUCAGAGCAGCGAGAACAAAACACCUACAUCCAUGACACCCUGUGGGUCUGACAGGAUGGGAUGGCGACAGCAGUAUGACGGCUGUCCGUGUGGACGGCUCUGUUCCCAGUAGAUGUGAUCUGUUCCAUUUUGUCUGAAGCCAUCCGGUCGUGUCAGGUCUCGUGCGUGCAGAACAGGCAUGAACAUGUACUGUUUGUUGUGAGAUGAUGUGUGGACAGUCUGCCUGAUAUGUCUAAUCUUAACCUGUGCAGUGAUCCAGAGUCCUCCCACCCUCGGUAAAUGUAGUAACCAGUCUGUGCUGUGAGUGAGUAUCAGCGUUCACCCCUCUGACCCAUCCCUCCCGAUGGACUUUUGUCUCAUUUCCUUUCCUUUCUUUGGGUGGUUUUUAAUUGUUUUCUGUUUUGAGACUGCUGGAAAAGUUGUACACACUAGUGUUUUAUUUGAUUUGUUUCAUGUUCUUUUUGGGGACCAUUUUCAGACGUUUUUUUUUUUCACUAUUUAUGGAAAGCUUUGAAGAUUUUGAAACUGUCUAAAUGGAAUACUGUUUAAUGAAACCCUAUAUACAUAAAAUCUAUAAAUUAUCUGUGUAAAGUUAGAUUAUUUGCACUGUGGGUUGUUGUUCUAAAUGCUCAGAAUUCCUCUGGAUUUAGUGUGAAUAUUAUUGGAAGACGUCCACAUGGAGUUGACACGAUGUGUGUGUGUGUGUGUGUUUGAGAGACUUGAGUGCAAUACAUGUGCAAGUGUAUUUAUGUUUGAUAUGACAUUCUCAGACACUAGUAUUGUUUACCUGUAGUGCUGCUGUAUUUUAUUUAACUUAUUUUUUGUUUAAAGUGAGAGCUCUCUGUUCAGCCAUGCCUGUCAGAUUUCCAAAUAAAACACAACCUCCUUCAAAA